UCUUUUCAUAAUACCCGUGCAGAUAUGUGUUUCGGCUGCCUUUUAUUUGUACAUUACUUCCUUGAUAAUAUUUAACUAUGACGUCUUUCGUUAACGGAAACAUAUACAGGAUACGCAGGGCAAACAUGUCAAAUUCAAGAAUAUUUUUUUGCUUGAGAAGUUAUUUUCGAAAUGAAUUAUGACGGCUUCUACUAGUGAAGCACCAAGGUGUGUUAAAAUGUCAUCAGAAUUCAAAAAGGGAAAAGACCGUAC